CCCAGUACCAGAGUCUCAGUCCCGGAGUUCGUGCGAGCUUUUCACGACGCGUUCGUUUUUCUGCGUGCUGCUGCUGCCUUCUGCUCACUGUGUGCGGUGUUGUCUAUAGUGUGUAGUUGGAGAGUUGGCUGGUUUUCGCGUCGUCGUGUGGACGUUGGUGGAAAAGCGGCUCACCGAAAACGAAGUUUCUCUCGUUUUAAGCUAGUGAAAAAGAGCUAAUUCAGAACACUCAACAUGUCUACCGUCGACAAGGAAGAGCUAGUUCAGAAGGCAAAAUUAGCCGAACAAUCUGAACGGUACGAUGAUAUGGCACAGGCAAUGAAAUCAGUAACAGAAACCGGCGUGGAACUGUCAAAUGAGGAAAGGAACCUACUGUCCGUUGCUUACAAGAACGUUGUCGGUGCCCGAAGAUCAUCAUGGCGAGUGAUAUCGUCGAUUGAACAGAAAACUGAAUCCUCUGCCCGCAAACAGCAACUGGCACGAGAGUACCGGGAACGAGUUGAGAAGGAACUGAGGGAAAUCUGCUACGAAGUGCUGGGUCUGCUGGACAAAUUCUUAAUUCCCAAAGCCAGUAAUCCAGAAAGCAAGGUGUUUUACCUCAAAAUGAAGGGAGACUACUACAGAUACCUAGCUGAAGUAGCCACCGGCGAAACCCGCCACACCGUAGUUGACGAUUCCCAAGCCGCGUACCAGGAUGCCUUUGAAAUUAGUAAAGGCAAAAUGCAGCCAACACAUCCUAUCCGAUUGGGUCUCGCGCUCAAUUUCUCAGUCUUCUAUUACGAGAUCCUAAACUCUCCCGACAAAGCCUGCCAGCUGGCAAAACAGGCAUUCGAUGAUGCGAUUGCUGAGCUGGACACGCUGAACGAGGACUCCUAUAAAGACUCGACACUCAUCAUGCAGCUGCUGCGAGACAACCUGACGCUGUGGACGUCCGAUACCCAGGGUGACGGUGAUGAACCACAGGAGGGUGGCGAUAAUUAACCAAACUAAAAUUAAAGCGAAACAAAAACACACACGCAAACACUACCAACAAAACCAACAUAGGACACACAGAGACACGAACACACACACAGACACGAACACACUUCUACAUUACACAACACACACACACUUAAAGCAUAAUAGAAAUUCCUUUUGACUAUUGAUUAAUACGAAGAACAAAAGCGCGGAAGAGCAGAUGAAGCAACACAAUUGCGUGUAGUAGAAGUGAAGUGAGAGCGCAGGAAUAAAAAAAGGAGUAGCUUCCGCGAAAUAGCAACACAAACCGUGCAAAACAAAGCAUAAGCAGAAGGACGUAACUAAAAAAAAGGGCAGCAACAACCAACCGCAGCGAAUAGUGUCUCAGCAUCAGCAGCAGCAGCAGCCAAAUGGUAGAGGGUGGAAAAGCGUAGAAAAAGGACAUCAUGGCAGAAUAAUAGAAGGUUUGAAGACACAUUCCGCUUAUCGCAGGCGCGCACGGUCUCUCUCGGUCUGUAAAUUAGUUCAAUUUCUUUUGAACGGAUAGAGUCCGGACCACAAGACACCGGCCGAAGAUGAUGAUGAUGAUGAAAAUGCAUUGUGUAGCGAAGCCGGAAAGCGGAUGUAGGUGCACGAAAAGAAGGAACACUCGCUGAUAAUCGUCGUCAUCUGUUAAUGUCGUCGCACAGAGCCAGAGAAAGAUAGUGUGUGUGUGUGUGUGUUUAUGUCAACGAGGAAAAUUCAAGGAAAUUGCAUAAUUUUGAUGCUUUUCAAAGAGCACGAAAUAAAGGAUUGGUAUCACAAUAACAACAAACAAAACGAAAAAAUGUAUGUAGAGAUAGAAGAGGAUCCACAGUGAGGCCAUGCUUUGCUUACAUACGUUUAACAAAACAGAAAGCGUGAAAGAAAUAGCUGUUCAUUGUUCUCUUUGUAUCUCUGUAGCGCAAAGGACGCAUUGAAUGAGUCAAGCAAACACACACGCACACACACACACAUAUAUAUCUUACAAGAUUUAGAAGAAUGUUAUCUCUGGGAAAAACGGAAAAACUGACGUGUUUUGUGACAGACAGAACGAUGCCCUGGUAAGAUCAAACUAUCGCGAAGGAAAGGAAAUUGUAAAGAGCGAAAGAGAGAGAGAAGGAAAGGAAGGAAGAAAUCGCAAGCGGAAAGUAAAUCUGAUCUGAGCUGAUAUGAACGAUGAUGAGUGGCAAGCAAACAAACAAAACUCAACAACUACAUGUUUAUAAUGUAUGUUCUAUUGCUAUAGUCCCUUCUCCCCGAUCCUGAGAAAAAUCGUCCCAUGCGGUGGAUAUAUGUGUGUGUGUGGAGAUAUGUUUCCCGAUCCCUUUGGAACUUUUGUCGAUUAAUGAAUGUGUGUUGGUGUUGGUGGGAGUGGGGGUUGGCACCGUGCUGUGGACAACACAGCGAAAGGGAGAUUUUUGGGGGAUGUUCAUGAAAUCGUUAUCCUGAACGAUAAAACCCUGUUCAAUACUGUAUUUGUGCACGUGCUAUUUAUGGAGCAUUGAAUACUCGUAGACUUAGCAAGGACAUGCUAUUAAUAUGAAAAAGAUAUUGGAUGAAACCAUGCGAUUUCUCACAAAAACAGUAGUCUGAAUGCCCCCACUGCAUGUCCUUGUGGCUUUGUUGCCCCUUUUUUUGUACGCGAUGGAUAACCCCCCCUCCAAACCGAUGUCUGAUCAACUAAACUUUUCUAUAAAUGUCUACUUUCAAAGCAAAAACCAUAUAAUGUCCACAAUCACAAAUCCCACGUUCUUUUUCCAAAAGUACUGACAACGUUUCAGUAUUUACUGCACACAGUCGACGUCACCCUUCGCGCCCCUCUUUGGAUGAUCUAUCUUUAGCCACGGUAGGAGGAAAAGUUGGUUGUGUGUCGUCCCAAUGUGUGUGUGUGUUUUGUGUGUAUAAUUUAUUUUUGCGGCGAGCCAUAUGUUCCCAGUUAUUGGGCCCAGGUUGUAGUUUGUCCUGUACGGCCGUUAGCGCUCACACAAAGACAAUCGACAAACGGCCAAAGACGCUCGCCGAGAUCGUUUAUCUUGGGAAAGGCCUCUGCCUUUCCUCUUUACCCGAUGCACACUAGCAAAAGAGCGAUAUAUGAAGUUCCGGGCGGGUUUGCAGAUCAUUAUGUGGUGUGCUGGUGUUUCGUGUUUUUUGGUAUAAUGCUGAAACAAAAGUCGAGUUCCAUGCUUUUUUUCCAAACAAAGAAAGAAGGAACACACAAACAGAUAUGUUAAAUGCGAUGGGAUGAAGGAGGUAGCUAAGUCUUUUUAAAACUGUAAGAAUGUGGCCAACGUACAUGUUGUUUCGUGUAAAAAGGUUGCAAACAAAUGUUUUGUAAGGAGGGGUGUAGAUGUUUUUUUGUUUUUCUUCCGUUUUUGUUGUGCGAGCUGAACAUUUGUGGCCGUUUCCGGCGCGACAUGGAUGCAGCUCAGCAGCAUCACCUGCAAUUGCAAUUGGAGAGAACUUAGUUUAAUAUAAAAUAUGAAGCAAAACUGUCGUCUUACAUCAUUAUAACAGCAGCAUCAAACCCGAAGCAAGCGCAGGAAAUGCCUCCUCCUCACAACCCCGAACCACGGGGCCCAAAUUGGGCCGGAAUAAUGGAAUGUGAAACGUUGCCAUCUUCGAAUCGAACCGAGAUUACCACCAUCAAAACGUGCCGGUAAUUCGAACAGGAGGAUUAUUUUCUGCGACCAGUAGGAUUUGUAUGUGUUGUAACGAGGAAACAGAAGGAAAGCAAAGCAAACAGGAAUCAUGUUGAAGAAAAACAAACAAAAGCGAACAUCAAAUGGAAAUUAUUACUCUUGUAAAACAACAUCAAAACAAGUCGUCGUCGUCGCCGUCGUUUAAUCAAAUAAAAGAGCAGUAAAACAAA